AUGUCUCCGAUGCACAUGAGCAUGGCUCCCAUGGCUUACACGCCUAUUUCGGACGCCAUGGACCGCCACGAGUAUGGCAUCACCAAGAACCGCAAGACCGCAUCCACCGGCGGGGGUCGGGCCUGGAGUGAAGACGAGGAAGUGUACCUGCUCCAGACACGCCUCCAGAAGAUGCCCUACAAGCACAUCGCCGCCCACCUGAAGAAGACCGAGUUGGCAUGCCGCCUGCAUUACCACCAGCUUAGCCAUGGCUCGAACCGCCGCAAGCGCACGACGAGCGUCUCGUCAGGCUCUUCGACCGGCGGCCAUUCGCCCAACAUGCAGGCUACGAUGCCAUCCCCGAUCCACGAGUCCCGUUCCGUCUCGCCCACUGGUAGCGCAGGUUCAUACAGGGCAGGAUCUCCGGUCGGCCAUGGCAUCCAACUGCCCAGCAUCAUGUCAGCCAGCAACAACAGUAACGACUCGCCGCGUCUCCCCGCCAUCCUGCCCAAGCCUGCCUCCAUGGGACUGACCAUUCCGCCUCCGAACUCGAGCCGCGGUUACUCUUCGUCGGCCCUUUCCGAGUCUGGCAUGUCGCACAACGCACCACUGUUGCCCGCCGCCAACUUUGCUCCCAGCCACUCCCAGACCCAUCACCCUUCGUUGCGCCUCGACUGCAACGUCUCUCUGCCGCUGCCUCAGUCGGCACCGCACUCGCAGAUCGACUUGUCGCGCCUGUCGGCCAUAUACUCCGCUCACCGCACCGGCUUCUGGUCCGCCAUCGCGGCCGAGUACGGUCCUGGUGUCAGUGCAGCGGCCCUCGAGCAGGCAUGGAACAACCAUGCACAGCCCAUCAACAAGCAGCAGCAGCAGCAGCCUUACCACUACGGCCACCAGACUCCUCAGCAAACCGUUACUCCCAUCACCCCCGUCCUCUCGCCUGAGGACCGCGAGGCCUACAAUAUGCGGGCGGCUUCGGAUAAGACGCGCAUCUCUGCCAUUCUCGGCAUUGAUGCCGACCCACGCAGCCCUAAGGAGAGGGAGAUUGUCAGGAGGAUGGAGGAGAGGGUUGCCGCAUAAGAUUCCUGUGCCUCGGGCCGUAUGUUUGGGGAGGGGUUCUUUUCUUUAGUUUUUUUUUCUUAUAUCGUCUCGGCGUGAUUGGCUCUUCCUCCUUUGUUAGGCAUGGCCGUUGGUCCUGUUGGGUCCAUCUUCCGCGAUAGAUGAUUUGGAUGACGAUGGUUUUUAAUAAUCUGUUGGUUUUGGAAACGUUGUUACAGUCAGUCUUAGCCCCCACCACUCAAACCCUGUUCCCUCUUUCAACCUGGGGGAGGGACAGGCUGUGACCGGCUGGACACAUCUUUCUUGACGACUCCACCUCCUCUUCUAUUUCUUCAACCCACCUCCCCCUUCUGGCUAUGAAUGGGACAACGACCAAUCACUCUAUCUCUCUUUCACGUCUCUCUUUUGGAGCAGUUUACGAUCUCGGUGGUCUGGCUUUGCUUGGGUGAUGGGACUGACGGUUUGCGUCCCCCCCCAAAGAAAAAAAAAAACCUUGCCAUGUCUUAAGCUUCAACGCUCUCCAUACCUUUUUGAUUCAAAUUUCUCUUCCUCUUUUCUCUAGUCUCUCAUAUUAUCCCUCCUUUAUGCUAUUUAACUCUUUUUUUCAUAUCAGCAACUAAAGCAAAUCGCAAUUGUGUACUCUUCGAAUAACGAUGGAGGACGACUGGGCUUUCCUUUAUAUCUGUGUAUUUACAUACCUAUUCGGUUUGGUGACUGUUUUUCUUUUUCUGCGUAACGAUCAUUCUCGGCGGCAUUUUGGCUUCUUUCCUCUUUUCCUAUUUUUGUUGACUUGCCAAAGCAAAUGGAGUAAAAACUCGCUCAUUAGUGCAGUUUUUUUUUCUCUAUCUCUAUUUUUCAAAUGUUAAAAAACGCG